GAUUUGUUAAAAAAAAAUAAGCCAGAUGGAGAGCAUUUUUGUAAACUUGAGCAUGUUUGAGAAUCCUAAGCCAAACAAGCAAGUAAAAAUGGGUUUUUACUUUUUAUCCAUCACCACUAUCAUGCACGUGAAGAAGAUAAAAAGUUAAAAAAAAAAGUAGAACAAAUCAAUACUCUACUACUAUAUACUGCAACAACUUCGUCAUCAUCAACCAUUUCAGUCCGCGAGUGAAAGGAAAGCCUUUGAUCAAUCUCUCGCAUUCGCCUCUCCAUACUUGCUUGCUAGAUUCUCUCUCUCUCUUUCUCGAUUCUAAUUGAUUCACGCUCCUUUUCUAUCUUUAGAAUAAUAGCCUUUCGUCCCUCCCUCCCUCCCUUCCUAGGGUUUUCUCAUUCCUUCUCCUUCAAUUCGAUUUCGCCUCUGCGAUUUCUUAAUUCCGCCCUAUUUCUCUCGUACACAAUCGAUUCGAUUCUUGGAUUCAAAGGUCAAUUCGGCUCAUAGCGGUUAGAUUUGUGGUUGCUUCAUAGCAAUCGUAACGGUUUUGGGCAGAGAGUCUUUGAACUGUGACGCGGGAGAGAUUUGCAUGGGUGAGAAUGGAUCAUCGGCGCCGAAUGGCUUGUUUCCGAACGGGCUAUUGCCGGGGAAGGCUGCGUCUGUGACACGUCCCCUCGAUGCGGAGAGAUGGGCCAAGGCCGAGGAUAGAACCGCUAAGCUCAUUGCUUGUAUCCAGCCCAAUCCUCCUUCAGAAGAUCGACGAAACGCGGUUGCUAGAUACGUGCGGAGGCUUAUCAUGGAGUGCUUCCCUCUUCAGGUUGAGAUCUUUACUUUUGGAUCGGUGCCACUGAAGACUUAUCUGCCGGAUGGAGAUAUUGAUUUGACUGCCUUCAGCACUAACCAAAGCCUGAAGGACUCCUGGGCUAAUUUGGUUCGUGAUAUGCUUGAGAAGGAAGAGAGGAAUGAGAAUGCUGAGUUCCGUGUUAAAGAAGUCCAGUAUAUUCAGGCUGAAGUAAAGUUGAUUAAGUGUCUGGUGGAGAACAUUGUUGUGGAUAUUUCUUUCAAUCAGAUUGGAGGUUUGUGUACACUAUGCUUCCUUGAGGAGGCUGAUCUCUUUAUAAACCAGAACCAUUUGUUCAAGCGUAGUAUCAUAUUGAUCAAAGCCUGGUGUUAUUACGAGAGCCGUAUAUUGGGGGCUCACCAUGGGCUUAUUUCAACAUAUGCCCUCGAAACCUUGGUUCUUUACAUCUUUCACGUUUUCGACAACUCGUUUUCUGGACCCCUCGAGGUUCUCUAUCGUUUUCUUGAGUUCUUUAGUAAGUUCGACUGGCAGAAUUUUUGUAUUAGCCUCUGGGGUCCUGUUCCAGUUAGUUCACUACCAGAUGUAACAGCGGAGCCUCCUCGAAAAGAUGUUGGAGAGUUACGAAAGAGCGAAGCGUUUCUGAAAGAGUUUAGUAGAGCUUAUGCAGUUAACCCUGUUGCUCAAGAGACACAGGGGCAUCCUUUUGUUGCCAAACACUUCAAUGUUAUAGACCCUUUGCGUGAGAACAACAACCUUGGACGCAGUGUCAGUAAAGGUAACUUCUUUAGGAUACGAAGUGCAUUUACUCUUGGUGCCAAGAAGUUGGCUAGGUUACUUGAAUGCCCUAAGGAGAAUUUGAUCCAUGAGGUUAACCAAUUUUUUAUGAAUACAUGGGAAAGACAUGGCAGUGGUCGUCGUCCUGAUGCUCCUGGAAAUGAUCUAUGGUUAUCAAGACUGGGAGAUCCUGAGCCUUGUCUUCAAGCUGACAAUGUUAGUAAUUCUUCAAGCAGCUACAGAGACCAAAAUUCCGCCCCUCGCAAUGUACCCUCUCGACAGAACAACGGUGGAACUGAAGUUAUAUCUAAAGCAACAUAUCAUGCCCAAAAAAACAGUGGCAACUCUUACCAACUUACUCAGGAAGUUCGUUCUAAUCAAAAUGCUUCAAAUGGUAAACUUCAGCAAACUGUUAAGCCAGAAAUAAUGGUGAAUAAUUUUCAUGGAAGGCAUCUCUUUGCCAGGACGCGGUCUAGCCCUGAGCUUACUGAGACAUAUGGUGAAGCUCUUUUGCCAUCACGGCGUAGUAGAGCCCCAGAAGCUGGAAAACGCCAAACUAAUUCCACGAGGGUUGAUAGUAUCAGGGAAAAAGGUCUAGAGUCUGAGAGUUUGUCAAGCAGUAUCAGAAAUGAGGCCGACUCAUCUUCAGUUAGGCAUACACCAUCCCCUCGAAGUCCUGAUAGUACUGUUGACAUGAGUAGUGCAGUGAACAGUUAUUGUGAUGAUUUAGGCUCAGUUUCCGUGAAUGAAGGUUUCUCGGCCGCAGGGGAAUAUGGUAUGCAACAGGAAGAGCAAGAUCUUGUCAACUCGAUGGCAUAUGUUGCAGGGCAAGGUUUCAAUGGACACUUCCCUUUUCCUUUUAAUUUUUCUACGGGCCCCCACUUACCGUUUCCAGUUACACCUGCCAUCUUAGCUUCAAUGGGAUAUGGUCACAGGAAUGUGCCUGGUAUUAUUCCUUCUAACCUUCCUUUCAUGGAGACACCUUGGAGUGCCAAUAUGCAAUUCCCGCAAAACUUUGUGUCUCCACCAUUUCCCCAUUAUUUUCCGAGUGGAUCCCAUCCAAUGUCAGAAAAGCUGAGCAAAGCUGGUAAUGAAGAGAUGGGGUCUCCAGAAGUGAACGUCGAAGAGUCUGACCAUGAUCACUGGUACGAGCAAGAAAGGGGAACUCCUAGUUUUAGACUUGAAAAUGGAAUGCAUCAGGCAAAUGAUAAACAUCAUUCAUCUUCUGCAGAGCACAGUUUCGUACCCUCAAGUCGUAAAAUACGGUCAACAAGGGGAGAUGAUUUAGAAAAUUCCCACUCUCCAGUCAGAGGCAGUCAGAUUCAGAAUGAGGAGAGAAAUGCAGGCUCUAGAUCUGUUUCUUGUGCUAGUUCCGUUAGAAGCAGGACUUCAUCUGAAAGCUCUUGGGAUGGAUCAACUACAAAGGGCUCAAAGCCAGCUAGGGAUAAACGGAAUAGGAAAGCAGUUUCUGGAGCUGCGUCUGCACUGUAUGGAAAAGGCAAGAGCGUUCCUGGACACUCAGUCCAGGUUGAAGGUGAUAACAGAGAGUGGAUUCCUGUAUCAAGCAAAGAAAUAACCGAAAGGGAUCUGGGCCCUUGUCCUACUGUUGCGUCAUUUCAACUACAAAGGAAUCACGUUCAUGGUCAUGAACUAGCUAAGACAAGUGGAUCAGAGUCCACAGUGUCUCUUGCUCCAUUCAUCCUUGGCCAUGGCAUGCAACGAAAAGAGGCUUAUGGUUCUGGAUAUACUUUUGUUCCCACUGGGCCACCUGUUCCAUUCUUUGCAAUGCUUCCAAUGCACAACUAUCAAGCUGGUGGUAAUGCGACAUCAGAUACGUUGGCGAGCCACCUCAGUGUGGAUGAGGUAGUAGAGAAUCAUGACCCCUGUAAAAGUUUUGACUCGUUCAGGGGACUUGAUCUGUCUGAGAUAAAUGUGUCUUCGCACUCCACCGGAGUUGGCUCGUAUGUAGAACCAAGGGAGCACAAAAAUGAUAUUCUCAAUGGAGAUAUUAUGAGUCAUUGGCAAAGUUUGCAGUAUGGCCGCUCUUGCCAGAGUUUUCAACAUCCGCCGGUGUUGUACCCUCCUUCUGUUUUAGUGCCGCCUGCUUAUCUCCAGGGGCGUUUACCAUGGGAUGGUCCUGGAAGAUCUCUUGCUUACACCAAUGCAGUCAAUCAGCUCAUGAUGACCUACGGACCCCGUCUUGUACCCGUUGCUCCUGUUUCGACCAGGCCACCUAACAUUUAUCCUCGUUAUGCUAAUGAAACUCCCAGAUAUCGAAGUGGGACGGGGACAUAUUUUCCAAAUCCUAUUUCCCCUAGGGAGCAGCGGCCUGCAUCUGGCAUGAGGCGAGGGAAUUAUGGACAUGACAGAAACGACCAUCACAGCGACAGAGAAGGCAACUGGAAUGCUGGUACAAAGGCACGGGGUUCUGGACGUAGUAGCCACAACAAUCGUAACCAAGUUGAUAAUAAGCCAAGGCAAGAUCGAUCUGAUAGGCAAUGGGGGUCAUCGUAUAGGCAUGAAUCAUCCUCGUAUUCUUCUCACCAUUCUCAAAACGGUACUAUCCGCUCAAAUAAUUCGCAAGAUGCUCCCGGGAAUGUUGUUUAUAGCGUAUACCGACUGCCACCGAGCAUGACGCAGAACAGUGUGACGUCUCCAGAGGGACAACACAACCCUCCAUCUGCCAUGAUGUUUUAUCCAUAUGAUCAUAACUCUGUGGACGAAGCGCCACAUCUUAAUGGCGGAAACCAUUCAGCUGGUGGUGGUGGGGGAUUUGAAGAUCAGCCAAGGUAUCGUGGUUCUCAUAUGUCUUCACCUGAUGAUCCUUCCUCGCCUCGUUUCCCCAGGGGAAAAUAACAUCAAUGGGGCUGGAAUAAACACAAGAACUUGGAAGAAACAGUGUGAUCACAUCACUAGGGAUCUUUGGAAAUCAAAAGAAGGCAAAGAGCUGUGAAGCCGUGAAAAGAAGAGUAAAGACAGGAACUGAUCUACCUCAGACCAAUCUGGAAUUGGUUCAAGCAACAAAGAGAGAAGCCAAGUAAAGACGGAUGGGUAAGCAUCACUCAGCGAGCCAACCUAGUUUAAAAAGACGCAGCAAGCUGGCUUUUCACUCUUCCAAUAGAAAAUGUAGCCUUUGUGCCCACAUAGAUGAACUAUUAGAAUUCAGGGCUUAUCGUUAAUCAUGUUUCUAUAAAACAUUCAAGAAAUAAUGUGUCUACUUUCUUUUAGAAAAAAAAAAUCGUAUUAUAACUGAA